UGCAGCACAGUCAGUGCCUGGUAGCGAUUUAGACGAGGGCGUAUGUAUGGGCUUGAGGCAGCAGUGAAUGCAUUUCCCACAGACUGUGGUCGCACUUUUCUCCUCGCAUACGGAUUACCACUGAGUUCACAAAUUGCCUAGACGCAGCAUCGCUUUUUUACCCGCUCCAUUUCUCCAUUUAAAGGCCUGUCACAGAGUAAAGUGGCUCGGUGUGCGUGUGUUUAGUCAGCGGAGCGAGAGCAGCAGUGUGUCCCCGAUGGCUGGCUGGAAGGACGGCUCAGUGCAGGAGAAAUAUCGCCUGGUGGUCGUCGGAGGUGGUGGCGUCGGAAAAUCAGCAUUAACCAUUCAGUUUAUCCAGUCAUACUUCGUCACUGACUAUGACCCUACGAUUGAAGACUCCUACACAAAACAGUGUGUGAUCGACGAGAGGCCUGCGCGGCUGGACAUCCUGGAUACAGCAGGACAGGAAGAGUUUGGAGCCAUGAGAGAACAAUACAUGAGGACAGGGGAGGGCUUCCUUCUCGUCUUCUCUGUCACUGACCGGGGAAGCUUUGAAGAGAUCUACAAGUUCCAACGACAGAUCUUGAGAGUGAAGGACCGGGAUGAAUUUCCCAUGAUUCUAGUGGGUAACAAAGCUGAUCUUGAGCAACAGAGACAAGUGACCCAGGAGGAGGGCCAGCAGCUCGCCAGACAACUCAAAGUCACAUACAUGGAGGCCUCAGCUAAGAUCCGUAUGAAUGUAGACCAGGCUUUCCACGAGCUGGUCCGAGUCAUAAGGAAGUUCCAGGAGCAAGAGUGCCCACCCUCGCCGGAGCCCACUCGUAAAGAGAAGGAUAAGAGCGGCUGCCAUUGUGUGAUUGUCUAACUGGCUUCUCACUGCUGCCACUCUCCCAGCUGCUGUCACCGGUCCCUGUCCCCAACCCUGCCUUCUGACAUCACAUCCUGUGUGGAUGAACUGGCUGCCUUUCUACAUGUGCAUGUCUUCAAAACAGCAGUCUCUCUCAUAGCCUUAUCGGGGGCAUCUGUGCCUCUAGGACUUCACUACUAGAAGAACCAAACUGACACAAUCUUGAUCGAACUCACCAUUGUACCUUCAACUAGAGUACUGACAUCAGUGUGACCUACAAUAUGGUAAUCGUGUCCCAACACUAAACAUCGCUUCUUACAAAUUUGCUAUAAAACACACACACAAUUCCGUUUUUUGUAUUUUGAAGAUUUCUUUUUCUCUUGCCUUGUGACAUUUGUACUUUUGCUGAGAUCGAAAGACUAAACGAUACACCAAUCGGGAUUGCAGACGACUUUUAGUUCCUGAUCUUUCACAAGAUCUAGAGUGAGAUGGUGUUCUGAAGCUUUGUGUGUGUGUGUCGUGCCAUAUCUGUUUUUACUUCCAUAUGCUAAGCAGCGACUGUACAUAAGUAAAGAUUCAUGUGAGUUGAAACCACCUUUAUAAUGACAAAACUCAGUCGCAGAGUAUCUUGUGUGAGAUUGACAAGCUUGUUUUGACAUGGAUUAAAACAAUAAUGCACUCGCAGAUAUGUAAAUAGAUAGCCUCUAACAUUAUGCCAAUUUUGUCAGCAGUGAAAUCAGUUUCCCAACUUCUUUUUUUGUUUGUAUUGUAAAGCUACUUGGCAUGUAUGGAUUUGAUUCUUUUAAAGGGAUAGUUCACCUAAAAAUGAAAAUUUAUUCACCCCUCAUCGGUUUCAAACCUAUUCCAUACCAACACUUUUUGUCUGCGGAUUUUUUAUUUUUUUUUGGUCCGUAAAAUGAACAGGGUUGUUUUAUUUAUUUUAUAACAUUUUCUCAUAUUUAUACAGAGUCUGACCUGAAUUGCAUGAAUGCAAGAGAAACAAUUUCUGAGUUUGUAAAAAAAAGAAUUGAGGUAAUCUUGUGGUUUUCUGCUAAAUUAACUAAACAAAGAAAAGAAGACGACCAUAAAUAUUGUUUAGAUUACUGUUAGUUACAUUGAUUAUUUUAUUAAAUACUUUUCCAGUUUUAUACAGGUAAUAUGUCUUUAUUUAUUGUAUUGUUAAUUUUUAAUAAUUAAUGAAAAAUCAUAUUUGCAAUCAUCAUUAUUAUAAUUAUUAUACAUUCAUACUUAAUUCUUCUUUUCUUCCUUCUUUUUUGUCCUUUGCUGAUCAUAUUUCAGAAUGAAAAUCGAUUGUUGUUUUAGGCCCCAUUGCUUUUCAUUAUUUGGACAAAACAUAUUUCAAUUUGUGUUUCACAGAAGAAAGUAAGUCAAGGACAAGAGAAUGUUCAUAUUUGGUUGAACUUUCCCUUUACGUUCUGUGAUUGUGAAAUGUAUUCUACAUGUAGCUGGAUUGUUCAGCUCUGAUUUCUACAGACUAUCUUCAGACUCAGGUUGCUCCAUUUACAGUGUUUUCACCAAGUUCAUUCAGAGGUGCACAAUAGGCUGUCUGUUCUCUACUAGGUACCCCACCGAGAUCGAUGAGACUGAGAAAUAGUCACUGAAAUAAUUGUUUUUUUUUCUGGCCUUGUAUUUCAAUUCACUUUUACACUGAUUUUCUUUUUUAUUGGUUUGGAAAUGUAUUUAAGUGAUCAAAACAGCGCAAGGACUUUGUUUCAAGGGGACAGUUGAACUGCUUACACCACAGGCAUCUUUUAAGCAUCUUUUCAUGAUAUACAUGAAAAAAACCAUUUUUUUUUAUUAUUCAAAAGACAGAAUUCAUACAUCAGACAUCCACAUUCCCUCGAGUUUUUCUUUUUUUAUGGGUUGACGUCUCUGUGACAUUCACACUUAAAACUGACAGGUGAUAGUUUGCUUCCUGGCUUCAUACUCACUAUUGCAUCAUGCCAUGUUUUAUUUUCGUCUUCCUUUUUUUAUUUUUUUUCAGCGUGCAUUUCUGUAUGAGGGAUACAAAUAGACUAAUUUUAGUUUUUGUUUUAUCAUCAUGUAAUAUAAGAAAAAAAAUGGCGUUGAUCUUUUGAAUGGACAUGAUUAAAUGUUUUUACUAUAUACUUUUAUACAUUAUUUUCUUAUCAGACCAGUUAAUGAGUAUUUUUAUAUGUUUGUAAGUGAAAAUGCUCUCACGGCACAACUAUGUGUAUAUGUAAAGAGGAGUAUUUAAUUAUCUCGGUUUGUUUUGAACUAAAAAAAAAA